GGAUAAGGAAAGAAAUUCACGAGAUCUUCACUGACAUACUUUAGAAAAGAUACUAGUAUAAAUAAAAAUUGAAUUAGUUUUUUUUCUCAACAGUGAUGCAAUGUCUUCCAUUAAUCCAACUUCAUCUUUACCAAGUUACAAUUCUCUCCCUCCAACCUCACCCUCCCCAUUUCCCCCACGCGCCACCAUACUCUCCAACUACCCCACGCGCCGCCCAUGGGAAACCUUCUUCUCUCUCCAAUCCUUCACUCUCCCUCACUCCCUCAACGAAUCCAUCCACCGAAUUAGCCGCAACCUCAACCAUUUUCGCGUUAACUACGCCAUGAUAAUCCUCUUCAUCCUCUUCCUCAGUCUUCUCUGGCACCCGCUCUCCCUCAUCGUCUACCUCGCCGUCUUCGCCGCCUGGUUCUUUCUCUUCUUCUUCCGCGAUCGUCCUGUGAUCCUCCUCCGUUGCUCCAUCGAUGACCGCUUCAUCCUCGCCGGACUCUCGUCUCUCACUGUCGUCGCGCUUGUUUUAACUGGCGUCUGGCUCAAUGUGUUGGUGUCGGUACUCGUCGGUGCUGCAGUGGUUGUUUUGCAUGCGGGAUUUCGCAGUGUUGAUGAUUUGUAUUUAGAUGAAGUAGAGAUCUUUGAUGGAGAUUUGGUUUCGGUUGUUGGUAGUGGUUUCACUAACAAUCGAACAGGGUACACUAGAAUAUAGUUACAUAAUUACAUUGUUUUUGUUUAUCUGAAUCAAUCGCAUUUUGCAAUUUGCAUAUAUAAUAAUAGUAGAAAAAUUGAGUCUCUUUUUUCUGCAUGCGAUUGCACAAAAAAUGUGAAAUGAUAAUAUCAUUGUGUUAUCAUCAAUGCUGUUAGUUAGUAAAAUCUUGAUUAAAAAUUGACUGGAAAGUGUAUUUUUCAGUGUAUCAUUAUUACCUUUUUGAUGUGUUUAUUCCCUUUGGUUUGCAAUAGAUUUAGAAAUCAUGUUAGUUAUUUUGAUUUGGUUCAAAUGUAGAUAGAUUUUGGUUUGGAUUCUUUGGUUCAUCAUUUAGUGACUAUAGGUUCUACCAAAGUUGUCAAAUAAUGACUAUAGAUUCUGUGAUAAACUAUUUAAUACAAAAUGUUGUUAAAUAGAUACUGUAGGUAGUAUAAUUCAAACAAACAGUCAUUUUUUGUGAUCCGUAAUUGACAGCACUAGUUUCAUUAUUGUCCAAGCUUUGAAGUUGAUUGACUUUCAGACAUUUUUGUCAAAAGGAGGCUGUGGAAGUGCCAUUGCCAUUGCCCGCAUGACAGAAAUCUAUGCCACUAGGAAGUCUGUAGUGUUAUCCGUCUUAAUGGCAGAAAUUGGUCGCUAUAAUUCAUGGCAAUAUGGCAAUCACAGUGGAUCAUGACUAAUCAAAUGGGUGUCUUGUUUAUUGUUGCGCUAUCCAUGUUCCUUAACAACCUAGUUCUCUGCAACCCAAACCAGGAUUUCCAGGGCUAUAAGUUACUUCUGCAGUGAACUUCUAUAUCAGACACUUGCAUCAAUUCUGGUUCCUUCUUUAUGAGACUUGAUCAAACUCAUGGUAACAUAGUUAUGGAAAAAGUGAAGCAGGGAAUGAAUUCUACUCCCUUGUUCAUGAAGUUUCUAAUACCAUGUUAAGAAGAAUAAGUUCUUCCAACCCAAGCUUGUAGCUAAAGCACUUGAAUGGCAUUGUUUAUCUUACUCAUCACCAGUUCUACGCCAUACGGAUUUUUCCUUCUUCCUUCACAUUUUACUCGAGCGGGAACUUUGUCUUUCAUCUUUAUUGUUGUUAUGGAGCCUGCUCUGUAGCCAAACUGGAAUCAUUGGAACCAAGUAUCUUUUGCAUACCUUCUCUACUCCAUCAUGUGAAUUGUCUCGUGGUUCCUUUAUGUAUCCUCUUUCUGCUGUAGCUUUGUCAAAAGCACUGACAAAGUCUGUUGGUGCCUCUAUGUAUAUCUCAAAAUCCUCUUUGUGCAUACCGUCACAACACUCCCUACUUUCAAACAAGCCUUAAAAUCGCAUCAGAGCAUUGGGACUCCUGACAUUGUCCUCACCAAUUUUGCUGUCGGGCGCGGACUACCACACUCUGAUACAGUAUAUGGCUUAGACUACUGUGGCGUGACAUCACAUUGCCUUUGUCCAUGAAAUCCAUGACAACUGUGGCGUGACUGAUUGAAAGGGCCAAAUAUUAUGUUAGUAGUGGUUUUUUUUUUUUACAUAUAUGCCAUGUUUUGAAAUGAAAAGCACCAAUAUACCUCCUCCUUCUUUUUUUCAUUUCAUGAUCGUACAUUUCGGUUCUAAUGCGACUAUUAUUUGGACGUCUAUUAUUUGGACGUCUUUUCUUAUUCUUUCGCAUUGUCUGGUCAUGGCAAAGAAUAAAUCCAGUGUAUUGUGGCUAGUUUUCUUGAUGUGGAAGUCCAAGGCAGCUUUUCUGGUAGAUUUUAAAAUCACUAAGAAUCUUGAACACGUCUGGUAUGUGAAUGG